AAAAAAGGUUUACUGUACUUUACAUUUUGAAGUAAAUCUGUUAACAAAAGUACAUAGACCUGUGUUAAGUGUUGCAAGUAUCACUCUUCAUAUUCUCUGUAUCCUAUCAAAGCGUCUGGAUUUCUGUCAGACUAGGGUCCUCAAGGGCAGUGUGUAUGUAUUUUUGCUGCAUGAGAUAAAGUGAAUACUGAAGAUGUCUACGUUUUCUGAGGCUGCAUUGAAAGAGAAAUUAAGUGGCUUGAGCAAUUCUCAACAAAGUAUUCAAACGCUGUCGUUAUGGCUCAUUCACCAUAGAAAACAUGCAAGGUCGAUCGUCAAGCUUUGGCACGCAGAGCUUCAAAAAACUAAGAUAUCCAGGAAACUUUUAUUUGUUUACUUGGCAAAUGAUGUUGUCCAGAACAGUAAAAGAAAAGGCCAGGAGUUUACAAAAGAAUUCUCAACAGUAAUGGAGAGUGCUUUCAUCCAUGUUAUAAGCGUCACUGAUGAGAAAACCAAAGGUUCAAUGGAACGGGUGUGUACCAUUUGGGCAGACAGGGGUGUUUUCGAUGCAACACUUAUAAAGCAAUUACAGUCUACUUUUGUUUCACCAAGCAAUACUCCUCUAGACUCCCCACCUCCUAAUGAAUUCGAACCAGCUUCACCCAAGAAACCUAAGACAGACCCAGCAGAACAAAUGCAGAAAACAAUGCAAGAAUUACUUAAAGAACUCAACGAAGAGGAACCUCAUAUACGCAAUGUUUACGAGAUCUUGAACACUCAGCAUCAAGCGAUGCUGCUGUGGCAAUAUAUCUUUGAGGAUAUUCAUAAUAAGGAUUCAGCAGAAAAGCUUUCGACUCUUGUAAAUGAUGCCGUUUCCAUGUUAACUGACUAUAAUGGAAGACUAGACCUCGAGAUGGAAGAACGCAAGAGAGUUCUCAAGAUGUUGAGAGAUUACCGUCUAGGUCAGAAAGAUCAACUUGUAGCUGCUGAAAAGAAAUUAGAGGAGUAUAAACAGAAGUUGAACAAGGUAACAACUGUGCGGAAAGAGUUAAAGAGCCACAUUCAGAACCUACCAGACCUUACGCUUCUACCAGACGUCACCACCGGUGGUCUUCCUCCUCUGCCAUCUACUGAAGUGUUGGUGCAAUGUUUACGAGAUCUUGAACACUCAGCAUCAAGCGAUGCUGCUGUAAGGGAAAAGAUUGCCAAGUUACCACCUGAAGUGCAAGAUGUUAGCCUACUAGAGAGAAUCAAAGAUAAGGAUUCAGCAGAAAAGCUUUCAACUCUUGUAAAUGAUGCCGUUUCCAUGUUAACUGACUAUAAUGGAAGACUAGACCUCGAGAUGGAAGAACGCAAGAGAGUUCUCAAGAUGUUGAGAGAUUACCGUCUAGGUCAGAAAGAUCAACUUGUAGCUGCUGAAAAGAAAUUAGAGGAGUAUAAACAGAAGUUGAACAAGGUAACAACUGUGCGGAAAGAGUUAAAGAGCCACAUUCAAAACCUACCAGACCUUACGCUUCUACCAGACGUCACCACCGGUGGUCUUCCUCCUCUGCCAUCUGCUGGUGACCUAUUUUCCAUUGACACUUGAACCACGACCUGGAAACCUGAUGAAGAAAUAACAGAUCUACAAAAAGGUCUGAUUCCUGAUGGAUAAAUUCAAAGGACAUGGGCUUCAAAUGUUGAAUUUACAUCUAUGGUGGCUUAAUAUCACAUUGUGAUGGCUCUUUGGAUGAGUGUCAUUUGGGGAUGUAGGUAUAGCCCCCGUUACAUUAUAACUGCCUGGAAUUUUUUCAACAGAUGUUUUUAAAAAGUAAAUUUGUUUCAAAUUUUAAGCAAAUUUAUUUCUGGGACCUUGAUGCAUAUAGCAGUUUUGAUAUCGAACAUUGGAGGUUGUAAAUGUUAUUAUCAUCAUUUAUUAUAAUUUUAUUUAAUAUACAGUAGUUAGAUUUAUAUAGUGCUUUACACCUAAACGGUCUCAAAGCGCUAGAGAUGUGAACUGGCUCUUACAGAAACUAAGGGUCUCUUUGUGUCUGAUCUACCCGGUAAACCAGCUACUCUCAUCAGUCCACAACAGGGGCUGUAUGGACCAGUUCACCGGGGUAAACCCUACUCGUCUCGAAAAAUGCACUAGGUUCUUUAUAGUGCAAAUGAGCCAUAUUAUGUACACUGAGCGUACAGUUUAUAGUCCUUAUCCGAAAAGACUUGUUCCACCACCAUAACCAUAAGCGAACGUGCUGUUCCAACCAACACCAAUAUUAUAGCGCCCCUGCCUUAACCGCUUGGCCAUCCGACUCGCCAACUAAAUGCACCAUAGUUAGGAAUCUAUGGACACAUUUGGUUGUAAAAAAGAAGUGUUCUGUAAACAUACACGAGUGAGGUUUUCUACUUCUGUCUUCGUAUGUUUAUGUUAAAUCAUCUUGCAUUGGUUAUACCAAAGAAUUGCUUGCUUUGCAAAAAUGUGAUUGGCUCGGGCAAAACCCGCUGUUUGUCACAAUGUAUAAUUUCGCACAAGCACCCAAAACGUUUGAGAAUCAGAAUUUUUGGACAUUGUCAGGUUUUUUGCAUUUUAUAAAAGAAGAUGUAUUGAAGAAGAUUUUUCUGCAAUAUAUCAAUCGCUAAAUCUAACUGUAAAGUAGAGAUAUAUAUAUAUUUUAAUUAAAAAUAAUAAUCUUGAUAGUAAUUGUUUUUGUCGUGAUGGAAUAGACAAUAACUGGAUUUGCAUCAGGAGAAUCAAGUAUAGGUGUAAUAUUGCCCUACCUGACGUGGAAAUGUACUGAAUACUCAUACUGAGUAUUCAGUACAUUUCCAUAUCAGGUAGGGAAAAAUUACACCAAUACAAAUCUUUUAAUAAACUAUUGAUUUUUAGAAGAUUUUUUUCUCAAAAUCUGCAUGGCUGAUAUCCAAAUGAAAUAAAUAUCCAUAACAUCACUAAUGCUUAACCAAUUUCCAUCAAAUGAAAACAGUUUUAAAGAAGACUUCAUGCAGAAUCUAACAAAAUAUAAAUUUUGAAUUUUCUGAUAAACAGCUGGUUUUGCCAGAGCUGGUCACAAAUGGUUUUUAUUAAGAUUUUUUUUUUUUAAUAGUUAAAAAUUUCGUCAGAAAUUUAGGGUAAUUGAUGAUUAAGAUGACAAUGAUAGCUAUGAAGAUAAUGAUAACUAUGAUUAUGAUGAUAUAGGAUAUCAGGAAAUCUGUCCCAGGCACUUUAACAAACCAGAAAGAGGAUGCAACAUAAAAAAUGGACAUUAAAAUCCCUGAAGCAAUGAAUUGAUUAUGGUGCCUAAAUAUUAUACAGAAUUUAGGAAUGAAAUACCAAUGGUAACACUUUUAUAAAGGAUGCCCUCUACAGUUCAAUUUGAAUGCUACAAUUACUUUUACCCCUUAUCAGGGAAUAAGUAUUAUAAAAUAAUAACAGAUAAAGAUUAAUAACAGUGACCAGCAUUUGUAUUUCAAAAGAAAACAAAUUUAUUUUAGUAGUUGUUUGUUUUUUGUUCUUUUUUUUUUUUUAUCAUUUAACAAUUGUGUGAUUUUAUUUCUUGUGAAGAAGUUCCCUAGUCUGAUAAUUUUUUGUUCCACAUUUGUUUCACUCUCAGUUUCUGUAGUUAAUGGCUUCUCAGGUUCUUGUAAGUUCAGUUUUAUUUUUUAUUAAUAAUCUAGCAAAACAUAUGUUGAACUAUUAAAUUAAAAUAUAAUUGUUGUACAAUA